GAAAAGUUUUACAUCAAAAUUAAGAGAGUUUUGCCAAUUUGCUGCCAAUUAAAACUAUUUACGGUGUCCAAUAAAUUAAAUUGUGCAAGUCUAUUGACUUUAAAUAUGAAUUUUCAUUUAAUUUAACAGUGUUAAAGGCUAUAUUUAUACGUUUGAUAACUGAAAACAGUUUCAUACUACAGCCUUAGGCGAAAACUCUCAAAGUGACUACGAGCAAUUUGGUAUACGAGGUUUGGCAAAACUUCACAGUCCUUGAAAUUCAACUAAAACAAGUGAAGUUGGCGAAAUGUAUUGAAUGUUUGGACUCGUGUAUUAAUUGAAGUUUUGUUUUGUCCAAAAAUAUAAAAAGGCAACCAUCUUACCGUAUAUUGCAGUACACAAAGUGAACUUAUACAUGGAAAUGUGUUGGAAAAGAGAAAUCGGUAAUUUUUUGUGUGUGCUAUGAUAUAGUAUGUGUACCCUAAAUCCAAUAAAUUUUAAUUUUCAAAACAUUCAAUGUGAUAAUAGCAAACAGCAACAACAACGGAAUUAAAUAAAGUAUAUUUAAACGAAUUACAAUUUUCCAUAAAUACGCCAUAUGAGUUUACGCACAUACAUGGGUGUUUGCACAUAUGUACUUACAUAAGUAUUAGGGUUAACAUUCAACGGAAUUGUACCGUACAAUUGCAAAACACGUUAAUUGCAUACUCGGCAUUUUGUUGCUUUUAAAAAUGGCAAAAAGCGUGGUAUGUGCCGCGCGUUAAGUGAAUUGUUUAUAUUGAUAAUGAAGCUAGUGUUUAGAAUGUAAAUAAUUAUAAUGGAUAUAUUAGCCGCAUAUUACGUUUGUUUCGUGUUUAAUGUGCAAAAAUACAAUACUCUAAUUGGCUUGCUUAAAAUUUAAAAGUGGCAGCUCUGAUUUUCUCUGAGCAAUUGGUAGUUGGGAAAAGAGAAAUUUUAUGUUGUAUUCAGUGGCGGCUUUUGAACCUGAAUAUUCUACUGAGCCUGCAUAACUACUCUAUUCAUACAUUCACAAAUUAAUGGGAGGCGAAAAUUACAUUAAAAAUGCAUAAAUUGGUCUGUGGGCCAAGGCCCAAUUUAGUUAAAACACAACAGUUAAGCAAUGAUUUAUUGUCCGAGUUAAAUUCUACCUCUAAACAUUGUCAAUCCUUUUAUGUGGAUGAGGGAACGUUGCAUUGUGCGAACCCGCAGCAAGCAACCACCCUCACUUCUUGGACUGCAUGGAAUCAAUGAGACGCAGUGAGGUGAACGUUAGCCACCACCCGAAUAAGGUGGCCACUAAUAAAAGCAUAGUUACGGAAAGUAAUAAACAUAAGUUGGUAGGAAGCACAAGUAAUACUUUGGUUUCACCUGCCGCAGAUUUAAAUAAAAAAUUUACAUCGUCAUCGCAUAAGCAUCAUUACCAAAAUUAUACAAAACACAAUUCAAAUAAAAAAGUGGCAAGUUCAAGACAUUUUGGACAUUCGAAAUCGCAUACAACGCAAUCCAGUGGUGUUAGUCUAAGCAUUAAAAGUGGUAGUUUCCCAAAACCAACGGGGAAAACAGCUAUUGUAAAUGCAGUAGCUCGGGUUAGCCCAGUAACAUCAGACGCACCUUGCUCGUCAUCGUCUAUUUCCAGCGAAUCAAAGGAUACCAACUUUGAGUACGAAGACGAAUGGGAUAUUGGUGGUAUACCGGAGUUGCUGGAUGAUCUAGAUGCGGAUAUUGAAAAAUCCUCGACGGUAGCACAAAAUUUAACUAAAACACACAGUUCUGGUGGUGGCAUCAAUGAUAUUGGAAUAAUAUCAUCGAAUAUAAAAUCGGCAACAAAAUCGACUUCAGCAAAUAAAGCAAUUUUAAAAUCAGAAAAAGUCAAAACUGCAUCGUCGUCAUUGUCAAGGUCGUUGCAUACAACAACCGCAACUGGUUCGAAUUUUCCCGUUAAAAGUUCAAAAAGAGUUGCCAGUCCACACAGCAUCUGCACAAAUCCUAGUAAACGUUUCGACGGCACCGUUAACAAGCAUAUUAAUUCUCAACCAUUGAAAAAUUUCGAAAGCAAGUAUCAACAAUCACGUGAGCACACAAAUUACAAGAGCCUACAGUCCAACUUUGAAGAGCAAAAGACGGAUGGUGGCUAUAGCAGAAAAUUUGGUGCUAUUGCAACUAAAUCAUUACAAACGUCUUCCCCAUCAUACCCAUCAACGUCUUCUGCAUUGCUACAUGCUACACCAGUUGAGAGUAGCCAAAAGACUAAUACAUUAGCUGUAUCGACCUUUGCUGGAUUCUCGAAAGGUGGUAAUCUUGUGUCGUCAUUUAAAAAUUCGCAAACACCGAAACAUUUACUUGGCGGUUCGACGCAUCUACUGGCGGCAUUAAAAAACGAUUCACUAUCGAAUUUAUCGAAUCAAUCUGCAAGCGGCAUGUCAUCGCAAUCUAGUGGUAGCAGCAGUAAUAACAGUAGUGCGGGCGGUGGAUCUGGCGGUGGUCAGGGUGGAGCCCAAGGCAUUGGCGGUUCCGGUAGUGGUAAAUCCAAUUCUAAAAUGUCCAUUGAUCACCAAGCGACACUUGACAAGGGACUUAAAAUGAAAAUAAAACGUACCAAGCCGGGAACCAAAACGUCAGAAGCGAAGCAUGAAAUUGUCAAAGCUACCGAACAACAACAACAGAAUGGUUCUUUAGGUGUCAACAAUCCGAGUAACUUGGAUGAUAAUAACAGCGUGAAUACUAGUUCGCAUUCCUCGUCAUCAUCAGGUGGUGCUAGUAGCUCAAGUGGCUCAUCACAAAAUGCAGGUAGCGGCAGCGGCUCCAGUUCAAAUUUAACCAAUAUGAGCGGCAGCAAUAAAAAGCAUCUAAGUAAUAUUUCCAGUAGUAAUAGUAGUAGUCAAGGCAAUAGCCACAACAGUAUGAACAGUAAUAAUUCGGGCUCGGGUGGUGGUGCCACCGGUUCCGGCAGCGGCGGUCAGAGUACUCCUCAAAGCAACAAGCGUGGUAGUUCCGGUCAUCGACGGGAAAAAGCUAAAGAGAAAACUACACAUUCCAAUCGCGUCACAGCGGAUAAAAACGCUUCAACAACGGCUGAUAAAGAUGGCUUAACCAAUGCCAAUGACAAAGGCAAUGCAUGCCAUUGCAAUAUGGACGGCACAAACGGAUCCACGAACAGUACUUGCACCAACCACGCGUGUUCACGUCGCACAGAUAGCGCUAAUAAUUCAUCAAUGAGCGUUUUGUCCCAACGCAUGGGCAACAAUGCAGCCAAUAGCGGUGUUAAUAGUGGUGCCGUGCCACCGGGCGUAUUCACACCAUCAGUGGGUUCAGCAGCUGGUGUGGUAACUGCUGCCGCAGCUACGGCUGCCACACUACUAGCCGCCACCUCGGCUGCAACAACUACUACAGCACAAUCGAUGGGUAGUAAUAGUACAGCAAAUGCACCCGGUCCACCGGGUAAUAAGGAUGCAACAAAUUGUGGCAACAUUAAAAUCUCUUCACACAUUGCAGCGCAAUUGGCUGCUGCAGCAGCUUCCACCACAUUUAGUAAUAAUACUAGUGCAACAAAUUCGUCUGCUAACAGUCUGAGCGCAAAUAAUGAGAGUAAGUCAAACACUUCAAUUGUUCCUGUUGCGCAAGCAAAACUUAUGGCACCCGGUAUGAUCUCAGCGACUGUGCACCACACUAUUUCAGUACCCGCGAAUUCCUCUUCCAGUACAACAACAACAACACAAUCGUCUAGCAAUAGCGGCACAAGCAGCAGCAACACAAAUGCUGGCGAUGAUGCUGGCAUAAAGUCACCACCCGCCAAGCGGGCAAAACACGGUGAUACUUCCUCGAAUGCAGCAACGAGUAGUUUGACCAAAGAAAUGGUUGACAUUUGUAUUGGUACCUCAGUGGGAACUAUAACGGAGCCAGAUUGUUUGGGUCCCUGCGAGCCGGGUACUUCUGUAACGCUUGAGGGCAUUGUUUGGCACGAAACAGAGGGCGGUGUGCUUGUGGUGAAUGUUACAUGGCGGGGCAAAACUUAUGUUGGCACAUUACUGGACUGUACACGUCAUGAUUGGGCACCACCCAGAUUCUGUGAUUCACCAACGGAGGAAUUGGAUUCACGCACACCGAAAGGUCGUGGAAAACGUGGACGCAGUGCAGCGCUCACACCAGAUUUGAGCAAUUUCACUGAAACAAGAAGCUCGAUAUAUUUCUCACAUGCGCAGGUGCAUUCGAAAUUGCGUAAUGGUACAACGAAAGGUGGUCGUGGUGCAUCACGUACAUCGAUAAGUGCCACCAGCACAUCGAACACCACAACGACAACAAGCAGUUCGUCGUCGGGCAAUGGUGGUGGUGCCACACCGAGUACAUCGCCAACAGCAUUUUUACCUCCACGUUCAGAGAAGCGUAAAUCGAAAGAUGACUCACCGUCACCCAUUAAUGGCGAUAGCGAGUGUUCGGCAAAUGUAGCCAAUGCCAGCGGUAUACCGAUAUCGGCGAGUGGCGGUGGUCUUGCUACUCAGCCGCAAAGUCUUGUCAAUCCUGUGACUGGCCUUAAUGUACAAAUAAGCACGAAGAAAUGUAAGACUGCCUCGCCGUGCGCCAUAUCGCCGGUGUUACUUGAGUGUCCCGAGCAGGAUUGCAGUAAAAAGUAUAAGCAUGCCAAUGGGUUGCGCUAUCAUCAAUCUCAUGCACAUGGUAGUUCUUGUUCGCAAGAUGAAGAUUCGCUACAAUUGCCCGAUGAGCCACCGACACCAACCUCAUCACCGGUGCCGUCGGCCGCCAAUAAUCGCGCUGUAACGCCAACACCUGCAGAAAGCUCGACAACUGGUGGUGCUAUGACGACGAUAACGUCACCGGUAACACCGCCAAUAACUGCAUCUCCGAUGCCGGCGGCCAACUCUACUGAAGCAACAACACAACCAGCUGCUGCUGCUAUAUUGCCGCCGACGACGCAAUCCACAGUCAGCGAUGGUGUUGUGGACUCAGAAACUGUGAUUGGUGCUGCCACCACACCCACACCCGGUACACCAGCCGCAAUUACUGCUGCGUCGCUGGCUGCGGCUGCUCCGCUAACGACUGCACCAACUAGUAUAUUAAGUGCGUCGCUAGCCGGUGGUAUUGGUGGUGGUCCGGGUGUUGGUGGUGUUCUAACAAGCGCCAGCGUACAGGCGCUUAUUCCGCAAGCACAGCAGCAACCGCCGCAACCACAACCACAUCCUGUUGCCGGCGGCAGCAUAACGACGGGCAUAUCAGGACAAGUGCUGUGUCAACAGCAACAACAACAACAGCAAUCGCUUGGUAUGCCGAAUGCUGGUAAUCCACCGGCAUUGCUGUCCGAAGCAAGUCCGUCAUCAGCACACGCACAGCAUGGUGGACUAAAACCAGGUGUAUUGAGAUUCGGCCCGCAAAGCGAUGCGACCAAUUCAGGUGCCCCACCGUCAAUAUUGGCACUGCAACAGCAGGCAGCGCAGGGAGUGAACUCGCAGCAGGGUACUAUAUCGGGACAGAGUCCACAACGUGGACCGCCGCCACAGUUAUCUGGAAAUCCGGAAGGUUUACCACCACAACACCCAUCGGCAUUAAGUACUUAUGGCAGCUCGGCAGUGUCUGGUGCACAAAAUUUACAAGGCAUUUCAUUAACCACCAAAAGUUCACCUGGUUUUGCAGCGGUAAAGCAGAAGAAAUGUCGAAAGUCACCUGGACCUGUGGAGUAUGAUGGUGUUGUAACCAGGGAAAACGUGCAGAGUCCUGCCUACAGUGACAUAUCCGAUGAUUCCACACCAGUGGGCGAACAGGAUAUUUUAGAUAAGUCCCAACCGAAGCUCAUGGAUUUACCAAACAAGAAACCCACGGAUUUGGGGGCAGUGGGCAUGGGUGGUGGUGCGCAGGGCAUACCACCGUUAGGCGGUUACGGCAUGUAUCAGUUCUAUCAACAGCAGCAAUAUUUGGUGCCUCCAACUUCUGCCGAUCAGCAAUCGUCACAGGCGGUCAAUAAGGGCUUGUUGCCCUCAGCAUUGGUGCAGCCAACCUUAACGCUUCCACCGUCGCAGUCGCAACAGCAGCAGCAACAAGGUGCAAUACAGUCCUCCCAUUUGAUGCAACAGCAACAACAACAACAGCAGCAGCAACAGUCACAUCAACAACAGCAAUCGCCACAUUUGUCCGACUACAGCAACAAAAGUAAAGAUCCGCCACUCGAUUUAAUGACAAAAUCAUCGCAGCAGCAACAACAACAACAGCAGCAGCAAGCUGUUAGUCUUCAGCAACAAUUGCAGUCGCAAGAUGGUAGUGGUAAUCCAAAAGAUAAUCCCUCUGGACCACCACCACAGUCUUCGGUAAAUUUAAGCAAUAUCGGUCCACCAAACAAUGGCUUGCCUCCGGGCAUGGGCGCUAUGUCGGCGUUGGGACCGUCAGGUGUGGGGCCGGGCGGCUUGCCAGCACCGACACCCGCCAAAUCACUGUCGCAUUUCUACCCCUUCAAUUACAUGGCUGCUGGUUAUCCGUACAAUGUGGAACCCAAUUAUGGACCUGUAUCAAUUGUAUCGUCACAAGAUGAUGCGGUGAAAUUGAGCGCACACGGUGGUUUACCCACGUCCCAGUCUCAAGGUAAUGCACCGUCACAUCAAAAUCCUGGUGUCAUUAAAGAUGAACGCCUUAAGGAGAGUCCCAGUCCACAUGAAAUGUCCAAGCAAAAUCCUCAGCAACAACAGUUGAUUUCGACGAAGCACAUUAAAAGCGAGCCAAUGACAAAGCAGGAGAUUAAACAAGAGCACAAUCCGCCUCCGCAGCAACAACAACAACCGCCACAGCAGCAGCAACAACAGCCGCAACAACCACACGCCUUGCACCCGAAAGAUCUGCAAAGCUUGGGCACAUAUCCGAAUAUAUAUCAACGUCAUCCAAUGACCUUGGCCGCACAGCAGCACUUGUCACGUGAGGAGGAAUUGCGGAGGUACUACAUACUCUCGGACGAACAACGUCGUCAAAAUGCAGUCGCGGCUCUGCGAGCGCAGAAUCCCUCCAAUAGUGGACCGCAUGGUUCGCUGCAGGCGCAAGUCAUGGGACAGCACAAGGACGAUACAGGUCCAUCAGCGCAGCACCAACAGCAGAUGGCAAUGGCGGCACAGCAACAACAACAGCAGCAGCAACAACAACAACAACAGCAGCAGCAGCAACACCAACAGUCGCAAAAGAGUAAAUCACAAAGUUGUUCGAGCAAUAGCAGCGGCAAUUCUGGCAGUGGCAAAGCAACAAAUCUCACCAAGGAGAGCUCCAAACAGAAACAGCAACAACAAGAGGAAGAAGUCAAAGUUAAACAAGAGGGACAGAAACCCACAAUGGAGACACAAGGACCACCGCCGCCACCGACAUCACAAUACUUCCUGCAUCCAUCAUACAUAGCGCCAGCGCCAUUCAGCUUCGAUCCCAACCAUCCCAUGUACCGUAAUGUGCUGAUGUCUGCAGCCGGUCCCUACAAUGCGGCGCCAUAUCAUUUGCCCAUACCGCGCUAUCAUGCGCCCGAAGAUCUGUCACGCAACACCGGCACCAAAGCGCUCGACGCACUGCACCACGCCGCCAGCCAGUAUUACACAACGCACAAAAUACACGAAUUGAGUGAGCGUGCAUUGAAAUCGCCGACGAGCGGCGGUGGUGGUGGUGGUGGCGUUGUAAGUGGCGGUCCGGGUGGACCGGUCAAAGUCAGCGUAUCUAGUCCGAAUGUGGGCAUGCAGCAGCAGAGUGUCAAUAGCGGUGGUGUCGCCGGACCGGGCAGUGGACCGAAUUCCGGACAAAAUGUGCCGAACAGCGGUAGUCAUUUGCCACCAACCAAUCAGUCGUCGGUGGGUGGUGGCAUGCCGUUAAAUCUGCAACCACCACCGACGGGCAUGAGUGGCCCGCCCAAUAAGUCUGAUGUGCUCGGCCAGAAGGUGUUGAGCGGUGGACCAGGCGGUCCGGGUGGCAAUUUACCGGGCGCCCCACUGAAUAUCGAUGCACACAAGCAACAAGGCGGGCCGAGUGGACCGAACAGUGGCGGUGGUAUUGGUGGUGCAGCGGCUGGUGGUAAUAGCAAUCCAGCGGACUCGCGUAGUCCUCCGCCGCAACGACAUGUGCAUACACACCACCACACGCACGUUGGGUUAGGUUAUCCCAUGUACACGGCACCGUAUGGUGCUGCUGUAUUGGCCAGCCAGCAAGCUGCUGCCGUAGCUGUGAUAAAUCCUUUUCCUCCCGGGCCAAACAAAUGAGAAACACAGAACGAAAAGAAUCCAUAUAACAUGAAGACAUAAUGCAUUUGUCUAGCUAAAGAAGAAGUACCCGCAUUUAUUGGCAAACCAUUGACGGCAGUGUUGGAUUCGUGAUAUUGCUGCGCGCGCAUUGCAGUUGCAGUUGUUAAACAAUUAUAAAUCAAUCAAAAUUGUAUAAGGUCUCUAAUAACUUAACGAGUGCGGUACGAAGUGUAUGCGAGUUGUGGCGACUAAUGGUUUGAAGAAAAAAUCAAAAACAAAAAUCAGCAAAACAGCAAACAUAUGAGGACUAUAGUAAAGGCAUACUUAUGUAUUUUAAGCAUUUAAAGCAACCACAAAAUCAAUAAUUUUGACAAUUGUUUAUUGUUGUAUUGCAACUCUGACUACUUACUCUUACUAACUAAACAACAUACAACUAGGCAGUAAACUGUUUUCAGCAGUACAAGGGGUGCAGCUGAGACAAUUAGCUAUAGACGCUGGAGAGCGACAGAGAGAGAGAGAGAGCGAGAUAGCGAUAAUGCGUGUGAAAGCGCUGUGGAGAGGAAUUCGUUAACUAAUUUAAAGAAGAAAAAAAGGAGUUUUAGAAAUGAAUAAGUUACAUUACCAACUUUAAUUGUAGUAUGCUGCACUAAACUAUUUAAUAAUGACGCAAAGAAAAACAAAACAAACAAAAACACUAUUAUAGAAAAGUUAAAAAUAAAUGUUUAGAUUUAUUACAGAUGAACUAGUAUAUAUAUGUAUAUGUGCGAUAAAUCACUUUAACCAACCAACAAAAUUUGAGAAUUAGUAUUUAGUUUACAACACACAAUACAAAAAAUAUAACUAUAUAUAUACAGUAAUAUAUAUGUAUAUAUAUAACAGUUAUAUACUAUAUAUAUAUAUGUAUACAUAACAGUAGUUUUCUAAAGCAAUGCACGCGAACAAUACCAUUUGUAGUUAAAUUAUUUCACAUAAAUUUUAGUAGCAUAAGCCAGCUGAUAAGAACUGUUUGAAAAGCAACAGGCAAAAAACACAAAAACAAACAAAAAUCAUAAUAAUAAUCAAAAAAUACAGUUCAAGCAGUAAUAGGUAACACACUCGCAUUUGUUAAAAGAAAAAUAUUAUUUAAAAAUAACAAAAACAAAAACAUUUAACAAAGCGACACUAUUUUUAAGCAAUAUUUUUUGAACAAAGUUACAUUUUAAAUAACAUGUAUUAUAAACAUUUUCCA